AUGCCGCGUCAAAACGACACAGCUACAACGCUCAACAUUGCGUUGCAAAACCAGACUACCUCCAGCAACGUGAAUGCAUACAUUACCGGCCAGGCUAUCGACAACAACAAUGCCCUGUUCCUCUUGCAGUCCGAUGGCAAGACAGCCUACUACCCGACUUCUCCAUCGAGCACAUUGUCGGCUCUUGGGGCUAACUGUGCCAUUCCUCUUGGCGCACCGGGGAACACAGUCACUGUGACCAUCCCCCAUCUUGCUGGAGCUCGAUUGUGGUUUGUGCAAGACGAUACUCUGACUUUUUACUUGAACCCCGGUCCAGCACUCGUCGAACCCUCAUCUGCCAAUACCGCUGAUCCCAACUAUAACAAGUACUGGGACUUUUGCGAGUUCACCUACAACAGCUCGCAACUAUAUGUCAACAUCUCCUAUGUAGAUUUUGUGUCUCUUCCGAUCUCGUUGACGCUGACCAACACCUCCAACCAAACACAACAUGUCUCGGGAAUGGCCACAAACGGUCUUGAUACUAUCUGCUCCGGUUUGAAUGAUCAACAAUCCAAAGACAACGCCGGGUGGAACCAGCUCAUCAUCCAGAAGAACGGCGCAAACCUCAGGGCCAACAGUCCCAACACCGGUAUCUCAAUCAACAGCUCUUUGUUUUCCGGAUACUAUCAGUCAUACGUGGAUCAAGUCUGGUCUCAGUACACAAACUCGACGUUGACUAUCGAUACGCAAAUCGACGCUGGGAACGUGAUAGGACAGGUGUCAAGCGAUACUUUCAACUUUGGGAAUGGAGCAGCAACGUAUACCAAACCCUCUGCCGCGGAUAUCUUUGGUUGCAGCAGCGGUCCUUUCGCACCGACUGGCAACCAGGAAACGGAUGAUAUCACGGCUCGAUUGACAGCUGCUUUUAACAGAUCGACGCUAUUGACCAAUAGCAACACUCCAGAGAACGAGGAUGCAUCCAAAUACUACCAAAACGCUAUUACCAAUCACUACGCUCGCAUUGUGCAUGCUGCCAAUCUCGAUGGGCGAGGUUAUACGUUCCCAUACGAUGAUGUGGCGCCGACGAAUGGCGCUGAUCAGUCUGGAAGCAUUCAUGAUCCGAAUCCGCAAUUACUUACCGUUGCUGUUGGAGGAGGGAAUGCUUCGACGUCGGCUGGGACUAACCAUCCGAGCAAGACUGUACUCCAGACUGGAGGAAACCAAAAGUCUGGCCAGAAUAACUGCGGCGCCCGUGAUAACGAAACUAGCGGUGGGAGUAGCAGUGACGAACAGAAUGGCAAGGGCAACAAAAGUGGUGGGAACAACAGCAAGCAAAACGGGUUUCUUGGAUUCAUUAAACGUCUUCCAUGCUUCAAUUGA